AAUUAUACAAUUAAGUUAUAUUUUGAUAUUCAUUGCCAGAACUAAAAAUCUAUAAUGUAUAUAAUGUUGCUUGAGACAUUGUGAAGAGAUUUUGUAACAAGGUUUAUAUCUUGCAGUUAUAAAGAAUCAUACAUUAUUUAUAUCUGCCAAGGUUAACAGUUGUUUUGACUGCCUUAUUUAUAGAACCUGGAACAUUGAAUACGGAUGUCUAGCAACUUUUUGUGUCAGGGAAAGGACUAGGAAAACAGGUAUCAAAUUAAAGUAUACCAGGAUGUUUGUUUGUAUAAAAACAGGAUCGAAGCUCACAGUGGAUUAGUCUUCAUUUUUGGUUGCUUCUGUUGAGAUAUAUAUACGACUGUUUUUUGCUAUUUGUAAAGAAGUAAUAAACAGUUUUUAAUAGUUUUAAACAAUUUAUAAAUUUUUUUCUUAUAUUUGUACAUUUAUUAAUACAUUCUUCAAAAAUGUUUGCUGAAAUUCUUGCUUUUGUGAUUCUCGCAGCUCCUGUUACAUCAAAUUUGCCUUCCUACAUUCACGCAUGCGGACGUAAUACUUCCAGCGUUGUCUAUGGUCAAUGCAUUGUAGACAACAUCGAUAAUUUAAAGAGUAUGAUUUGCAAUGAAGGAUUACCAGAAUUUGAUGUUCCUCCCAGUGGGUCACUAACUAUUGACAAAUUAGUUAUUUACGACACAAAUAAUUUAAAAUGGAACGUGACAGAUGUAAAAAUGAGAGGUUUUUGUGAUUUGAAUGUAAACUCUAUUAACGUAUCUACCGAUAAGCUUCAUUUCAAGAUUGAUAUGAUGUCUGAAAAUAUUAUCCUAGACGCUAUGUAUAACUUCGAUAUACAAUUACUGGUGCCACUCGCUAACAAAGGACUAAUUCACGUUACUUUAGAUAACUCAACCAAUAAGGUGGAUGUAGAAUUAAAAGAGGUAAUGAAGAAUGGUGUAACAGAAAUAUACGCAUCGAAAAUAAAAUCGAAGAUAGAUGUUAUAAAAUUCAGUUUUGAAUUUAAUGACGAGGAGGAGGGCUCAUCUCAACAACUACAUAAAAUUCUUUCCCAAAUUAUAAACGACAACUCCAAAGAGAUUAUAAAUAUGUUUAAACCAAUAGUGGAAGAGAUGAUAUCUAAAUUGAUUCUGUCAAUUUUUAACAAAAUAACUUAUAAUAGAUUUAAGCAAUUGUUUCCUGAUGAAGCUUGAAAACUUUGGCUAUCGGAUUUGUUUUCACUAUUUUUUUUACGCAACAACGUACAUUUAUAUAGAAUAGUCUGAAAAAUGUAUUUAUAACAAUUAAAUGAUGUUUUCUUUUAUCAUCUAAUUUACAUAAAUUAAAAUAUUUUGCUAAUUUUACAUUUCAACACUUUUUUGAAACAUGAAGUGCAUGUUUUCCGAUGAAUUUUUGAUAGUGAAAACAAAUCCGAUAACCAAACUGUAAAUGUAAUGUACUUAUUGUUAGUAUCUUUCUGAUACGAUUAUUCAAAUAAAAAUGUUUAUUUGUGAUAA